AUGAUUUUGAUCCAACUAGUCAAGUGUGUUAUGAAUCGAAAAAUGAUUUUGUGACCAGACCUAGUUCAAAACGUUGUUCCGCCGCUGUUCCUGCCGGCGCUCUGUCCGUCCGUCGUGUGUUGAAAUUAAUGGGGCCUGUCAAAAUGGGAGUUGAAUGGAAUAUCAAAUGCCAUGCCGAUAAGCUUUACUCGGACUAUAUCUGCAUCGAUGGCUUUCAAUGGCUCAUUCAUAUUUUUCCAAAUAACAACAAAUUGUCAUGUUUACUGGUUCCUGGGGAUCUCUCUGAUUUGCCUCAAUUCUGGACCAGACUUGAAUGUUUCAAGCUGGCCCUCAUUGAUCAAACUAAUGGUCAAAAGAUAACAGCUGAAGAAUAUCAACACAAGUACACUCAAGGCAUGCAUGAUUGGCACUGGGGUUGCGAGAGGUUCAUAAAUUUAUCUAAGCUUCCUAACACCCAUGGCUUUAUCAAGAAUGAUACUUGUAUUUUUGAAGCUGACAUUUCUGUUACAAGUCGAGAUGAACGUGCGAAUCAUGCAUGUCAAGUAGCUAGCAAACCUGCUACCAGUGUUAAAAUGGAACCUGACAAAUUGAGUUUUGGAUGGAAUAUCAAAUGCCAUGCCGAUAAGCUUUAUUCAGAGUAUAUCUGCACCGGUGGCUUUCGAUGGCUCAUUCUUAUCUUUCCAAAUGCCAACAAAUUGUCAUGUUUAUUGGUUCCUGGGGAUCUCUCUGAUUUGCCUCAAUUCUGGACCAAACUUGAAUAUUUCAAGCUGACCCUUAUUGAUCAAACUAAUGGUCAAAAGAUAACAGCUGAAGAAUAUCAACACUGUAAGAUCAAAGUUUUGAUCUAG